AUGGAUAGUCAAGUAUCUACAAUAAAGGGGGUCAAAAAGAUAGAGGCUACCAAAAAACAGCCUCAUGCAGGCGGAGCAUUCAUUCGAAACAUUCUUAAAAAAAAUACCAAAGGCACAGGAGAAAUACAAAUCAAAGAACUCGACGAAUCUGUUUUAAAAAAACGCCUAGUAAAGCUUGACCAAGAGCUCGAGGACUACAAAGCCAAAUGUGCCAAAUACAAAAAAGAAAACGAUUGGUAUAGAGAAGAAAUUGAGACGUGCCAAAAGGACACUGCUGAUUACAUCAUGUAUCUCGAAUCCAAAAAAAAUGAAAAACUGGAUGCAAUUCAACGACUUACCGAAUCUAAUCAAAAAGACAUGGACAUGUACUUGCUAAAGCGAAAAAAGCGUGAAGAGGAGAAUCAAGCAAAGAUCAGCGAGUUUCAUGAUCAAUUGGUCGACUUUGAAAUGAAACUGGCCGCCAAGGAAACCGAGAUCAUGCAACUAUCAGAUACCAUGGCAAGAAGGACAAAACAUGAAGGGGAGAUGGCAAACAUUCGCAAGGAAAUGCAAAAUGCAGAGCUAAACCAUUUGACUGAAAUGGCGGAUCUGGAACGCUCAUUGUUGGAGGCUCGUAUGAAACUUCAAAAGGAAGCUGAAAACAAAAUCAAAUCAAUGGAAUCUGCUGCUCAUGAGAAAGCAGCAAAAUAUUUGACGGAUCAUACAACAGCACUUGAAGCAGAAAACUCGCGACUAAGUCAAGAUUUGAGAAAAGUUACCCUCGCUACCCAGCAGCAGAUUGCUCACAUAGAAUGUCUUGAAAGAGAAAACAGAGAACUUGAACGAGAGCAACGACUAAGACACGAUUUGGUCAAGAUUCGAUUGAAAAAGAUUGUAGAGGCCCAAGAACUAGAUGCAAGGUAUAAAAACAAACAAAAAUAUCUGCAUGCUUCUCGAAAUAAGCAGAUUGUGGCAAACGCAUUGUACAACAAAGGACUUUCUGCGCUGGGAUCACCUUUAAAAAUGAAUAAAGUGCACUCCUUGCAGGUUAGUGACGAUACAGAAAUAAAUUCAUCUAGUAAAAAGUCGACUGGAUAUGGAAACCGCGGCACGACUGAGCCGCAAUCGACAAAAGCAAUACUGAAUCUGAACAAAGAACUGCAUUCCAAGACACCUUGCAUUGAAGCCAAACCCCACUAUACUGGAAAUAAUCCUAGUCUAAAAACUAUCUCAUCCAAAAACAAAAACAACGAUGCCUCGACUGCUCAAAACAAGCAUUAUGCUGUGGAUCUCAUUGACAUGCAGCACCAUGAUUCGUUAUGGUUUGAAGAUGACGAAGACGAUGAAUAUCAAUGA